AUGGAACUGGUGGAAGAUUUCGCAGAACGUGGAGUGGUCAUCGUCCUUGAAACAUUGCUUAUCGGUUUGACGUCUGCCUUCGGUUUUCUGUGCAAUUUUGUUGCUUUCCUAAUUUUUAUUCGACACCGGGCAUUACGGAACUCGUUCGGUUAUCUGUCAGCAUAUCGGGCACUGACAAAUGCUGGAGUUCUUUUAAUCCUUCUGCUAUGGGCAACACCAUGGACCAUAGUGAAAAUUCCUACAUCAGCUCAAUGGCUAAAUGAACUUGUUGGUCAGAUGGCCUUACUCUUCAUGGAAUCAUGUUUUCUAUGCAGUUUUGUUGUCUCGAUCAAUAGAUUUGUGGCUGUUAUCUAUCCAACUUACUAUAGAAAAGCCUUCAAUGAACGAACUACAGCAGCAAUGCUCUUGCUGACCACAACUCUUUCGUUGCUUCACUUUGGUAUUUAUUUCGUAGAUGGUUGUAGCUUCUAUUACGACCAGAAAUCGGAUGCAUGGACUUUUGGGACCGAUUUGUGCAGCCAGAAUAUGGCCCUUUACAUCGAUAUGUGCUUCAAUAUAGCCCUUUUCGCUACUAGUUGUGUUAUCGAUGUGGUGGUAUUCAAGCGUUUAAGAGCAUCGACCAAGAGGAUGAUGACCACUUCCAGUAUUCAUAUGGAUAGGACGAAUAGAUUGCGGUUGAGGAGGGAAGCUCUGCUGUUCGCUCAGGCUAUUCUCAACUCGUUUUUGUAUUCGUUCAUGCUUCUGUGCUUUCAUCUUAUCGCUUAUUUCACGACUAGCCUAUUCGGUCAUUUUUUCUUUAGAACUUUCGUAUGGAGUGUCGCCCAUACUGUAGACGGAUUGAUCCUCAUCUACCUCAACCCCGAGAUUAAGCGACAUCUCGUGGGCAUUCGUCACUUUUUCCAAUUUAUCAAGGAUCCCGUCAGCUCCAAUGCUGAACGAGUAGGACCUGUCUACUCUACCACAGUCAAAUGA